UUUAAGUUGUGACCAGUAAAUUCAUCGUUUUACCCGUGUAAUUCUUCGGCUUAAGUUAAAAUUGGGGUUCAUUUCAACUCCCCAUCGUGUGCUCUAUCGUCUAAAAUACGAGUUUUCUGCAGUGAAUAAUUAAAUAAGGAGUAUUUCUGGAAAAGAAAAUUUUCGGAAACCAUCUCGAACCUGAGGUGCGUCCGGCCAUCUUUGAACAUCACAUAUAUUCCGUCAACAUCAACAUCUUCUGUUACUACUACGAACACAUCAUGGUGAGAGGUACCAAAUCAAAACGCGCCAGGGACGAACUGGAUAAGUCUCAAGAUACUGCCGAACCUAGUGAUCUACUGAGUCGUAUUCAAUCUAUGAUUGAUGCAGCCAUCCAGGAACUUGUGUCAAAAAUCCAAGAAACAAAUGCUGAGCUGCGUGCUGAAAUCAACACCCUGCGGAAAGAAGUUCAGACUUACAAGGUUGAAAGUAUGAAUGAAAUACAACGGGUAACCGACUCUAUUGCAAAGUCAAUAGUAGGGCGGCCGGCGAUUCAUAAAGUUCACCGCGCACCAAAUCAGCUGGUCAUCAUCUCUAAGCUCAGCUCAGCUCAGCUCGCAAUCCCAGCUAAGCACUGGAGGCCCGUUUCACCAGAAAUCUCCCACGCCUCAUCUCGGCAAAAGAUCUUUCGAAGUACACCGGCGUUUGACGUUUGGCGGCGGCUGUCUGAGCGAGGUACUUUGUUGUGGUGCGAUUUCUGCGAUCAGUUCCCUUCCUCUUGUGAAUGGUCAGGCCCUAGUCGAGUACCGAAAAGCUUGCAACUUCCUCCGGUGUGCUGUAGUAAUCCCAUUGUCUGGUCUGGUCUGGACCGAUCAAUCUUCACCCGAUACGCCCUCAAAAUGAAGCGAAACGAAAUGUGGUGUGAAAAUGGACAACGGCAGUCUGGCGGUUCGAUAUGGCGAUUAUUAAGUAAAUCGAAACGCCCAAUAGCUCAGACCUCAUCGCAGGCCAUUGGGCUGAAUCGAUGGGCCUGUCAGAAUAGUUCGCGCUAA